AGGCUCUUCUUCUUCUCUCAGAUCUCAAGUAGAUAACUUUUGCAGCAAUCUAUCAAGUAUCUUGUUCAAUAAUCUCAAAUUUCUCAUCCUUAAUCCUUAUAGACACCUACAAGAUCAUUUCUUAAUGCUUUUCGUUUGAUUCUAUCCUGUCUAGGGCAGAUCAAAUCUCAGGACCGGCGGCAUUAAUACUGAAAAAGAUAAAUUGAAGCUGAAUGUAGUAAGUAAUUCCAUGUUGUUUCAUUACAGUGAGUAAACUUUUCAACUGAGACAGCCACUCAGUUCUUCUCUUGCUUAAUCAUCGAUGGAAAGAGCUUCUUCGUCUUCAGAUGUGGAAGAAGAUCGAGAAAACCUAAUCGAUUCUAACCACAGACAUUCUCAAAGUAAGUCACCAAAGAACUCCACUUUCCAAAUCGACGAUUUCGCCGAUCCAAUUCGUCCCACUCGACGUCUCACCUCCUUCAACAAAUGGUACCUCUUAGCAAUUUUUCUUCCUAUCUUCAUAUCAAUCCUCUAUUUUACCACCGAUAUCAAGACUGUGUUCCAAACAAGCGUUUCUGAUGUCAAAUUCGAUACUUCUGUUAGUCGCAUUCGUGAGGCAGAGUUACAGUCUCUGUUUUUGUUGAGGCAGCAACAGUUAGGGCUUUUGAAAAUGUGGAAUCAGACCUUAGCAUCCGGAUCCAAUUCUUCCAAUAUCAAUCCUCAAUUUGAAGAUCUGAGAUCCGCUGUUCUUAAUCAGAUUUCUCUUAAUAAGGAAAUCCAGAAAGUACUUCUUUCAUCGCAUGAUUUCGAAGGGUACUCUACAGAUUCGGCUGAUAAUGAUAAUAAUAAUAUCACAGAUCCUACCCUCCUCCCUGGUUUAUCAAACCUAGAUAGAUGCAGACACGUUGAUCAAACUGAAACCCUCUCCAAAAGGAAAACGAUAGAAUGGAAACCAAAUUCUAACAAGUAUCUCUUUGCAAUAUGUGUAUCGGGUCAGAUGUCAAAUCAUUUGAUUUGCUUGGAGAAGAACAUGUUCUUUGCUGCUUUACUCAAUCGAAUUUUGGUUAUACCCAGUUCAAAAGUCGAUUAUCAGUUCAAUCGGGUGCUCGACAUAGACCACAUAAACAACUGCCUCGGUACAAAAGCUGUAGUCACCUUCGAAGAGUUUGCCGAACAGAAGAAGAAUCACUUGCAUAUAGAUAGGUUCAUCUGUUACGUUUCAAUACCAAAACUUUGCUUUGUUGAUGACGAGCAUGUUAAGAAGUUGAAGUCACUAGGCAUUUCAAUGAACAAGAUGGAGGCAGCUUGGGUUGAGGAUGUUAAGAAGCCAGUAAAGAGGACAAUGCAAGAUGUUUUGACAAAAUUCUCUUCGAACGACGAUGUUAUUGCAAUUGGAGACGUUUUCUUUGCUGAUUUAGAGCGAGAAAUGGUGUCACAGCCUGGUGGUCCUCUAGCUCACAAAUGCAAGACUCUAAUUGAACCUAGCCGACUUAUUAUCCUAACUGCACAACGAUUCAUUCAGACAUUCUUGGGUCAGAGGUUCAUUUCUCUUCAUUUUAGACGUCAUGGAUUCUUGAAGUUUUGUAAUGCUAAAACACCAAGUUGCUUCUUCCCUAUUCCUCAAGCUGCUGACUGCAUUAAACGUGUUAUUGAAAGAGCUGAUGUUCCUGUAAUAUUUCUAUCGACGGAUGCUGCAGAAAGUGAAACUGGUUUGCUGCAAUCGCUGGUUGUUAUUGACGGGAAAAUAGUGCCACUUGUUAAACGGCCAGCUCUUAAUGCUGCUGAGAAAUGGAAUGCUUUGCUAUACAGACAUGGCUUACAGGAUGAUCCACAGGUGGAGGCUAUGUUGGAUAAGACUAUAUGUGCUUUGUCUUCGGUUUUCCUUGGAGCCCCGGGAUCCACAUUUACAGAUGACAUUCUGAGGCUUCGUAAAGACUGGGGUUCGGCUUCAAUUUGCGACGAGUCUCUAUGUCAAGGGGAACAACCAAAUUUUAUUGCAGAAGAUGAAUGAGUUAUUUUUUCUUCUACACAAAUAUUGAUUUUUCUUUUUGUAGAAAACUACAUUCUUAUGUAUAAUAGAACUAUAAUCUUUUCCUU